CAUGUUCCUGGUCCCUCCUGGAGGAACCACAGUCCCCAUCUUCAUGCUGAGGUGCAAAGCUGGACAUCUGCCAGCUUCAACCCAGGAGAAGAAGCAGCGACAGAGUGACCUUAAAUGACUGCUCUCGGCCUCAACUUGUACAAGGUACCAAGAUGGAGUUUUUUGGAGGAAAGCGGAGGAAACUGAGGUUGGCAGAUGACCAAAGGAAUGCUUGCUAUCCACAUAGCCUUCAGUUUUAUUUGCAACCACCUUCUGAAAACAUAUCUUUGACAGAGUUUGAAAACUUGGCUUUUGAGAGACUUAAGUUGCUAAAAUCAGUUGAGAAUCUUGGUGUGAGCUAUGUGAAAGGAACCGAGCAGUACCAGAGCAAGCUGGAGGCUGAGCUUCGGAAGCUCAAGUUUUCCUACAGAGAAAACUUGGAAGAUGAGUAUGAGCCACGAAGAAGAGAUCACAUCUCGCACUUUAUUCUGCGCCUUGCUUACUGCCAGUCUGAAGAUCUUAGGCGCUGGUUCAUUCAACAAGAAAUGGAUCUCCUUCGAUUUCGAUUCCAUAUUUUACCCAAGGACAAAGUUCAGAGUUUCUUAAAGGACAGCCAUUUGCAGUUUGAGGCUAUAAGUGAUGAAGAGAAGACUCUCCGAGAACAGGACAUCAUUGCUUCGUCUCCCAGUUUAAGUGGGACUCAGUUGGAGUUGGAGUCGGUUUAUAAGAUCCCUUUUGCUGAUGCUUUGGAUUUGUUUCGAGGAAGGAGAGUCUAUUUGGAAGAUGGCUUUGCUUAUGUACCACUCAAAGACAUUGUGGCAAUCAUCCUGAAUGAAUUUAGAACCAAACUAUCCAAGGCUUUGGCUUUGACAGCCAGGUCCUUGCCUGCCGUGCAGUCGGACGAGAGACUCCAGCCUCUGCUCAACCACCUCAGUCAUUCCUACACUGGUCAGGACUACAGUGCACAGGGAAAUGCUGGGAAGAUUUCUUUGGAUCAGAUCGAUUCUCUCUCUACCAAAUCCUUCCCGCCUUGCAUGCGUCAGUUACACAGAGCCCUGCGGGAAAAUCACCAUCUUCGUCAUGGGGGCCGCAUGCAGUAUGGGCUCUUCCUGAAGGGCAUUGGUUUGACCUUGGAACAGGCGUUACAGUUCUGGAAGCAAGAAUUUAUCAAAGGAAAGAUGGAUCCAGACAAGUUUGAUAAAGGCUACUCUUACAAUAUCCGUCAUAGCUUCGGAAAGGAAGGCAAGAGAACAGACUAUACGCCUUAUAGUUGCAUGAAGAUUAUCCUCACCAAUCCACCAAGCCAAGGGGAUUAUCAUGGGUGUCCAUUCCGCCACAGUGACCCCGAGCUACUGAGGCAGAAGCUGCAGGCCUAUAAGAUCUCCCCCACCGGGAUCGCCCAGAUUUUGGAUUUAGUGAAAGGCACACAUUACCAGGUAGCCUGUCAGAAGUACUUUGAGGUGACACAUAAUGUGGAUGACUGUGGCUUUUCUUUGAGUCAUCCAAACCAGUUCUUUUUUGAGAGCCAGAAGAUUCUGAAUGGUGGCAAAGACCUCAAGAAGGAAUCCACUCAGCCAGAAACACCCCAGCCCAGAGCGAAUGUCCAGAAGAGCAAAGACGCAUCCUCUGCCCUGGCCUCGCUCAACUCCUCCCUGGAGAUGGACAUGGAGGAGCUGGAGGAGCUGCUUCAGUGAGCGGUUCCUGAGCCCGUGGUGAUCUUGCUUCCUCAUCGGCUAUUACUGGCUAGUUGUAUGAUUUUGUGUUUUUCUUCUCCAUCUGCCUCCUCCCUCCACCCUACCCCACUUUAAUCCACUGACGUGGGCACGCACUUCUUGGGAAGCCAGGCUUGCCAGUGAAAACAAUGUCCUCCACUAUAUUUUGCUUUAAGAUCUAGCACUUGGAUGGUGUGGUCUCUGCCCUCUUUUAAGAGAUGAGACGCUUUCUGGAUUGGUUACAGCCCCUAGAAAUAGUACCACUAGAACAGCUUUUAUUGUAACCCUUAUCACUGUAAUUCUGACCCAGUCCUUUUCUGGACCAUCUUUGUGAAUAAAUUAUCAAAAUGUUGAAUGAGA